AUGUCUAGCACCACCAGCCGUCCUACAAUUGUCCUCAUCCACGGCGGGUGGCAUACACCCCCUCUCUAUGACAAGUUCACUUCCCUCCUCAGAUCCCAAGGCUAUGAAGUUCACAUCCCGCGCCUGCUCUCUAUGAACGGCGCCCGUCCCCCCAAUGCCGACCUCUACAGCGACACGGCGCUAAUCCGCACCUAUGUCGAGGAGCUCAUCGAGGCAGGCCACAAGGUCGUUGUCCUCAUGCACUCGUACGGAGGACAAGUUGGCACCAACGCGCUCGCGGGGUUAAGUUUUGAAGCACGACAACAGCGCAAACAAGCAGGGGGCAUAACGCGGCUGAUCUACAUCACUGCGUUCGCCCUCAACGAGGGCGAGUCGAUGGUGGACAUGGUGACGAAUAUGGGCGACGAGGCAUUAAUCCCACUCGCGUUUGACUUUGCGGACGACGGCACGGUGUUGGAUCGUGAUCCGAAAAGUCUGCUUAUUGGACCGGGGCUGCAGGAGGCUGAGCUGGAUGCUUAUGUUGCGCGGUUUGAGAGGUGGAAUGGGACGGCGAUGUACCAGGGUUUGGAGCGUUGUGCUUGGAGGGAGAUUCCGGUAUCGUAUGUCUGCACCAGGAAUGAUAUGACGGUGCCGUUGAGGUAUCAGCAGGCUAUGGUUGAGAAGAUGCGGGGGGAGAGAAGGGUGGUGGAUGCCUUUGAGCUGGAAACUGGGCAUUGUCCGCAAGUUACGAUGCCGCGAGAGCUGGCGGAUAUUGUGCUUGGUAUUUUGAGCAAGUCAUAA